GGCGCUCCGGGCUGUCACGUGGCGGCGCGGGGCCAGGCGCAGAUCUGCGAGAGCGUUUUGGGUCGGCGGGCUGCAUCCGGGCGCUGGUGCUCCGGACCACGUUUCGGCAGUGAUGGCGAACCCCAUCAAUGGAGCGCCCAGAGAUGCUGAGCUGUGGGCCUCACAUGAGCAAAUGCUGGCCCAGCCCUUGAAAGACAAUGACAUUGAGGUUUACAACAUCAUCAAGAAGGAGAGUCAUCGGCAGAGGGUGGGGUUGGAGCUCAUCGCCUCAGAGAAUUUCGCCAGCCGAGCAGUUUUGGAGGCUCUAGGCUCUUGCUUAAACAACAAAUACUCCGAAGGGUACCCAGGCCAGAGGUACUAUGGUGGCACCGAGUUCGUCGAUGAGCUGGAGAUCCUUUGUCAGAAGCGAGCACUGCAGGUCUAUCACCUGGACCCCCAGUGCUGGGGGGUCAACGUCCAGCCCUACUCUGGAUCCCCUGCAAACUUCGCUGUGUACACGGCACUGGUGGAACCCCACGGGCGCAUCAUGGGCUUGGACCUGCCCGACGGGGGCCACCUCACCCAUGGCUUCAUGACGGAUAAGAAGAAAAUCUCUGCCACGUCCAUCUUCUUUGAAUCCAUGCCCUAUAAGGUGAACCCAAACACCGGCUACAUCGACUACGACCAGCUGGAGCAGAACGCCCGCCUCUUCCACCCAAAACUGAUCAUCGCAGGUACCAGCUGCUAUUCCCGGAACCUGGACUACGCGCGGCUGCGGAAGAUCGCAGAUGAGAAUGGGGCUUAUCUCAUGGCCGACAUGGCUCACAUCAGUGGGCUGGUAGCGGCUGGCGUGGUGCCCUCACCCUUUGAACACUGCCAUGUGGUGUCCACCACCACCCACAAAACUCUGAGAGGCUGCCGUGCCGGCAUGGUCUUCUACAGGAGAGGCGUGCGCAGUGUGGAUCCUAAGACCGGCAAAGAGAUUCUAUACAACCUCGAGUCCCUAAUCAACUCUGCUGUGUUCCCAGGCCUGCAGGGAGGGCCCCACAACCAUGCCAUUGCUGGGAUCGCUGUGGCCCUGAAGCAAGCCCUGACGCCAGAGUUCACACUGUAUCAGCGCCAGGUGGUGGCCAACUGCAGGGCCCUGGCUGCCACCCUGAUGGGGCUGGGCUACCAGGUUGUGACAGGUGGUUCUGAUAACCAUUUGAUCCUUGUGGAUCUCCGUUCCAAAGGCACAGAUGGUGGAAGGGCUGAGAAGGUGCUAGAAGCCUGUUCAAUUGCCUGCAACAAGAACACCUGCCCCGGUGACAAAAGUGCACUGCGGCCUAGUGGAUUGCGGCUAGGAACGCCAGCACUGACAUCCCGAGGACUUCUAGAGAAAGAGUUCCAGGAGGUGGCACACUUUAUUCACAGAGGGAUAGGACUGACUCUGCAGAUUCAGAAUGACAUGGGUGCAAAGGCCACCCUGAAGGAGUUCAAGGAGAAACUUGAAAGUGACGAGAAGCACCAGAGGGCUGUCAGGAUUCUGAGGGAGGAGGUAGAGAGCUUUGCCUCUCGCUUUCCUCUGCCUGGCGUGCCUGACUUCUAAAAGAGCCGGGGGCUCCCCCACCCUAGUGCCACUUGGUCAAUAACUGCCCAAAGUUGCUUAAGGCCAGAGGGGCACCAGUCAGUUUCUUUAUGCCCUGAAGUGGAGGGGAAGGGUUUUGAAAUUUUCUUUUUUCCCACAAACCAAAGUUCAAGGUUCUACUGAAAUCUGCCAACAAAUUAUUCAAAUCUGAACCUGCCUCACACCUAUAAUUGUUCUGGAAAAACCAAUUAUUGCACAGCCUUCACUCAUGCAGACAGUGGUGUAAGGCCGAGCCCCUAGAAAGGCCCCAGCAGCUAUGUGCACCCUUAAAGUUCCUGGGCAUCCCUGGCCCACUGCAGCAGUGCCCAGCUUGAGAGAGCACGCCACUCUUAGUUAUCCUGGUGCCAGAGACUUACCAAAGACUCACUGAGGACCGUUAGGAUGGAGGAGGGAGUUUUUUGCACCUGGGAGCUCUGUGCUGUAAAUGGGAAUUAGGAGUUGGAUUGUGUCAAGUACCACCUAGCGGGAGUGUGGGUGUAGAAGCAGCCUCUUUCAUCCUUCCAUGGAGCGAACAGGGCUGAGGGCCUCCGAGACCAUCACUGCAGACAAGUGUGUGCUUGGAGGCCCUGCGGGAGAGGGAACCCAUGCCCUCCGCCAGUCAGGAAACCAAAUGUACCUUCCCGAAGAAACUUUAUUUUUCACAAAGCUAAAGUGCAAAACAUAGAUGACCAUUUUUUAAUCAGCACAAUCAAGUCUUUAACCACAGAAUGUCUACAAGAAUUAUAGCUUUAAAAAAUACAACCAGUUUUUAUAUUUCAAAAAUAUCUGAACUCAAAUAAAUUAAUUUCAUAAAAAGUA